AUGACGGACAGGUCCAAAGCUCCAGGCAGAGAAAAAGAAUCCAACCCAGGAGGACCACCUCCUCAGCCUCCAAUCAUCAAAACCAUCAAUUUUGUCUCUAGAGGAUCAGAAGUGUGUGGUUUGACGUACUCAGCAGCAAAGCGUUAUGCCAAAGAAAGCAACAUGAACAAGCUAACCAAGAAGAUACAAGUAAAGCUAGAUGUCCCGAUUGUGUUUGAAGAAAGAGAUGUAGUGGAAGAGCACCAUGACGGUCUAGUAAUAUCACUCCCCGUUGGAAAUUGUCUUAUCAAAAGAAUCCUAGUUGACAAUGGAAGUUCUUCCAACAACAUCAUGCUCGAUACAGUGAAGCAUAUGAACGUAGACGAGAAAGAUAUCAAUAACAAGUCAACAAUGCUGGUCGGAUUCAUUGGAGAAACCAAGAAAACCAUCGGGAAAAUUACACUGUCCACCUAUGCAAAAGGGAUCAACCUAAAGGUGAAAUUCCUAGUGACUGACACUUUAUCAUCUUACAAUAUUAUUCUGGGUAGAGCAUGGAUACAUGAGAUGAAAGCUAUCCCGUCUACUUAUCAUUAA